AUGCGGGUUUCAGUGCGCGCCUUUGGCUACGUGGCUUCCGGGGGGCACAUCCGGUUUCUUGAGGCGCUCUCGAUUCAGCUACCAUACUGUGGCGCCUGGCUUACCGGGCUCACCCGACCAACUAAGCGUCCUCAAGGUAACUCCAAACGGGCGACAAACGAGGCGAGAUUAAAGCGGAAAUUUGUCGGAGAGGGGGCUAUUCCGCGUCGCUUCGUUUGUUCGUUGGUGUUUAAAGGAAAGGGAGAAGAUCCGUCCUGUGCGCUGGCCGACGCAUUGUCUUUUUUGCGGCCACAAGAAGAUACGUGGGAAGAAAAGCCCCUCAUCUAUUCGUGUUUACGCGAGAUUAAUGGCUCGAGGCGGGGCGUG